UCCUUCGGAGCGUUUCCUCCUCCUUCUACCAGCGGCAGCAGGAGGGCGGAGGAGCCGAGCCUCGUUUUCCCACGGAAAGACAACCGUUCCAUGUUGGUUUGCUGGCGCGCUCGGAGGAGGAGGAGGCACCGCCGAGGGAGAAGGAGGCGUCCCGGGACCCCCAGGUGGGCAGGUCUUUUUCAACCAUCAGCAUCCGAAUCGCUUUCUUUGCCCUCUGAAGGUCUCUCCAGGCUCCAAACCAAACCAGAGCACCCCACGGCACCGUCCGAGCAGCAUCUCUGGCUGGACAAGAGGUCCUAACCACCCGUCCGCAAGUCCUUGGCACCCACCAGUCAGAAAGCUGGAAGCGACUCUAACCAUGAGUGAUUUUUGGCACAAGCUGGGCUGCUGCGUGGUGGAGAAACCGCAGCCGCAGCAGAGGAAAAGACGGCGGAUCGACCGCAGCAUGAUCGGCGAGCCCAUGAAUUUCAUCCACCUCACGCACAUCGGCUCCGGCGACAUGGUGAACGAGGGUCUCCCUGCCGUGUCGGGAGCCGUCCAGGAAAUGCGAUCCAAAUGCGGGCGAGAAAGACCUUGGAGCAAUUCCCACAUUUUAUAACCUUGUGGAGAUCCUCCCCCUCGUCCCUUUCGUGCUAAUUAAUUGCAAAAAUAACCUUAAAAGAAAAAAAAAACCCAUCUCUGCCUGACUUGAAUUUCCUGUUUGGUCUUGUCGAAACGGGUUGCCAAACUCAAAACCGUUGAGUGAAUUAGUCACCGCGUAACUUAUCCUUUUUUUAAAAAAAAAUUGUAAGAGCAACAGCCUCACCGACAUCCAUCACUCUGCACAUGCCCAGUUGACUGUUGUUGUUGUUUUCCUGGCAUUGUUCGCUUGGCAGAAACCCCCCCACCCCUGCCUUGGUGAGCAGAGUGGAGUGUCUGGCAACCUCGUGAAGAACUGUAGCUUUCUUACCCGGCAUUGAUCCACAACGUGCCCACAAUAACAAAUAAUCCGUAUGUUUUGGUUCCUUUACAAAUUGAAGAAAGCAUCGAGACGGAACGAAUUAUUCGUGGUGUUUUCGCCAAAGUUUCUCCACUGGAUUUUAUUCUCAAGGACGUGUCCUGCCCACGAUGCGAGACAUCUCGGGUGGCAUUAAUGGCUGCGGCCGCCAUCUUGCAGAACGAUCCCCCCAAAGGGAGGCUGACAAAUCUCAUUCCGGAUUCCUUACAGACCCCCCCACCCCACCCCCAAGCGGAGGAGGCAGGGGGUGCCCUAAACAGGGUGGGCCACUUUCCUGGUGCCAGCCAGCAGCUCCCGAUUCUUUCCAGGAAGCAGAGUUCGAAAACCAACAGCAAUGCGGUGCUUGUGAUAUUUGCUAUUAUUAUUAUUAUUAUUAUUCUGGAUUGUCACAUAGUCAGCCAGAUGCUCAGGUUGGAUUUGGGGUUCUUUGCCUUACCUGUCAAAUUUACUUGCUGCCUAUCUCGCGGUUCGAUGUGACUGAGCGGCUUUUUUCCUCUCAAACGUUUCUGCCCUAAAUCGAUCACCCCUCUGCUCUUGGCAUAAAAAUGGGGAUCCGGGGAAAUCCACCCCCACAGGGUGGCGAAGAUGUCGGGGUCCAGAGACAAGCCUAGAGGCUCCGUGACUCAAAUUCCCGCCAGCCAGGAGGAAUUCGCUCUGGGGGGGGGGGGCUUUCCUUCGCGGAUUGAAGCCCCCCACCGCACCCGCCGAUGGAGCAGCUGGGGACUGGGGCAAAUUUGCAACCAGGAUCAACCAGAUCCCUGCACGCUUGUAACGGGGCUGGAGAGAAUCUCGCAUGGAGACUGUUUUGCCUGGAGGAAGCUCAGUUGCUGACCCUUGUCCGAAAGUCCCACCUCUGUUUGAUCCUGGAUUAUGUGGCUCUUUCCUCCAGACAGACUUGGGUUAAAAAUGUGGAGGCAUGAAAAUCCUGCUUCCUUGUUUCCCAGGUUCGAUUCUCCCGCGCUCCUUCUCGCUGAACGAGGGACCUGAUUUUUUUGAAAGAGGAGGAACGAGGCACCCACAGAGCCAAAACAAGCGUUGUAGACGGUCCAGCCUAGAGGAGGAGGGAAAAAAAUUACAUACGUUUCAAAUUCCAGGAUCAGCUUUUCCAGCAUCCUGACAUGUGAGGUUGUGGAAGUUUUCUCCGUCCCACUGUGGGAUUUCUUCAUGCCGUUUCUGAAAACUGGAGUUGCAGUCCGCAUGACGCCAUCCGGCUGAGCCUGAGAACCCCGAGUGGAUUCUCACUGCAACGAAACCCGCACCAUUGUCUCUUCCGUUGUGUCUCCAGCUCCAUCCAGUCGCCAAAUUAAGGGAUUACAGCAGGGGUCUCCAAAUUUGGCAACUUGUGGACUUCAGCUCCCAGAAUCCCCCAGCCAGCUGUGCUUAAAGUUGGCUGAGUUAUUCUGGGAGUUGAAGUCCACAAGUCUUAAAGUUGCCAAAUUUGGAGACCCCUGGAUUACAGGGUUGGAAAAAGGGAGAGGUUUUUAAUGUCUCUUGUGUUCCUUGCAAGCAGGUCAGCUCUUAAAAGAGAAAACUUUCAGCAGCCAAUAAACUCUGACAUUUUUUCCCCCUUUUUUCCCCGGCGCGAGAACAGCGAAGUGUCAAAUUAAAAGUGUCCAUUUUUUCUCCUCUUUGUUUCCUGUGUCUGCUGACCAAGCAAAAGUUAAGAUUAUUUCCGGGAGCAGAACGGCUGUUUGGCUACCAAGACUUUUAAUCUUCUGGGCUUUAGGAUUGCAAUGUCCCUUAUUCCCACCACAUGUUGGCAGUGGAUGAGGGGAUCUAUAGUUUAACUUACCUGAAAAACAUCUCUCUCUCUUUUUUGUCACUCCAAGAAUUUAGCUAAUGGGUCGAUGUUUCAAAAACACACAUACACACACAAAAAAAAUGGAACUUUUGCCAUGUUUUUUAUUAUUAUUUUUCCCUCCCAGCUGGUCUGGGGUUAAAAAUGAUUGCUUUGGGGGAAAAGAAUAGCCGAGCUGUUCGCCUGUCUUUUUAUUCGCCAAAAAAUUAUCUUUCUUCUUUUUUGGAAACAAGAAAAUGAUCGUGUGUGUGUGUGUGAAGGGAGAAAAUAUAUUAUUUGAAUAUAAUGUUGCAAUUGAGACACUAAAAUCUGGGAGAAAGAGAGAUCUGUAUUGUGUGCUGGCUUGGUCUUUUUUAAAAAAACAAAAAAACCAGAGCCUGUUUUUUUAGGCUAAGUGCAACAAAAGAAUUACGCAAUCUCUUUCUGAUAUGUUUCUCCCUUAUUUGCACAGAAUGUAAUGUAUGCUUGGAAAGAUGAAAUUAAAUGGCAAAGGAGAAAUUUG